AAUUUAUUACUAGCAUAAUAUUGUACUUAUGUGGACUCCAUUGAAGUCGAAGACUUUAAACCCGGUUUCGCCAACCUGGACAAGUUAGUCCUGUACACGGAUUCAGCAGAAACGGACGAGGUCGCACGCUCGGGAAUCUCACCCCAACCUGAACCAAAUAACCAGCAUUCCGAACUCUCUCAGAGAUAUUUUCUUUUGAAGUGCGCUGACCGUCGGUCUUUUUGCUGGUUGUGCCGCCAAAGCAAAUAUUUUCUUCCGUGUUGGGUCGAGUGUAAGAUAUUUUUAGUAAAUUGUGUGACGGACUGCCUAUGCAUUUGGUUUGCAAACAAAUAAAUAGUAGACAAGUGCUAAAAAAAACGGAACAGUUAAAGUUGACUGGAAUAAGCUGGCCUCCAUUUCCUGCUUUUUAUACCUCGUAUUAUUUAUAGUAGUGCAGUGACUAACCUCCGCCUUGCUUUCGGCGCCAGCUGGAGAAAGUCAUGCUGCAGGAGCGGUCGAUCUGCGGUCGCGGCCGAGCACAAUGUGCAAAAUAAAACACGGCCCCGUGGCAACUCCAGCAACACCAGCAGCAACAGCAGCGACAUAAGCACAGAGGACCAGGUCGAGGACCUGCGGCUUUGGGCCUUCACCGAACGGAGCAAUCCACGGAAGCGGAAGUGGCCAUAGCGAGGCCAUAAAACGCCACGCAUAAAAACAUCGACAUUGAGACAUCAGACCCGGGAGCGGCUCCCCCAAACAUGUACGCCGCCCUAGUGGACGUGGGCCAGACGCUGGUAGCCGGCCUGGUGGACAGGGCCGGGGCCAAUGAGAGCGGGCUCCUGGCAAGUGGUCAGGCUGCGGAGCAGGAGCAAGGUCACGGGGUUGCCCACAACGCCAGCGCCGACGACGGAAUGGUGCCGUAUGUGCCCGUGCUGGACCGCCCGGAGACGUACAUUGUCACCGUACUGUACACACUCAUCUUCAUCGUGGGAGUCUUGGGCAACGGCACGCUGGUUAUCAUCUUCUUUCGCCACCGCUCCAUGCGCAACAUACCCAACACCUACAUUCUGUCCCUGGCCCUGGCAGAUCUGCUGGUUAUACUGGUGUGCGUGCCCGUGGCCACAAUCGUAUACACGCAGGAGAGCUGGCCCUUUGAUCGGAACAUGUGUCGCAUUAGCGAGUUCUUCAAGGACAUAUCCAUAGGAGUGUCGGUGUUCACACUGACCGCUCUGUCCGGGGAGCGGUACUGCGCCAUUGUGAAUCCCCUACGCAAGCUGCAGACCAAGCCACUUACCGUGUUCACAGCGGUGAUCAUCUGGAUCUUGGCCAUCUUACUGGGCAUGCCCUCCGUCCUCUUCUCCGACAUCAAGUCCUACCCCGUGUUUACGGCCAUGGGCAACAUUACCAUUGAAGUGUGCUCCCCAUUCCGCGACCCGGAGUAUGCGAAGUUCAUGGUAGCGGCCAAGGCGCUUAUAUAUUACCUGUUGCCGCUGUCCAUCAUCGGAGCACUCUACAUCAUGAUGGCCAACCGGCUACACAUGAGUGCCCGCAACAUGCCCGGGGAGCAGCAGAGCAUGCAGAGCCGUACACAGGCCAGAGCACGUCGUCAUGUGGCCCGCAUGGUGGUGGCUUUUGUGGUGGUGUUCUUCAUAUGCUUCUUCCCGUACCACGUGUUCGAGCUGUGGUACCACUUCUAUCCCACGGCGGAGGAGGACUUCGAUGACUUUUGGAACGUGCUCCGCAUCGUGGGAUUCUGCACAAGCUUCCUCAACUCGUGCGUCAACCCCGUGGCCCUCUACUGUGUGUCAGGGGUGUUCCGACUGCACUUCAACCGCUAUCUGUGCUGCGUCUGCGUCAAGCGGCAUCCCCACCUGCGACAGCACUCCACGGGGAUGGACAACACCACCGUGAUGUCUAUGCGUCGCUCCACCUACAUAGGAUCAGCUGGAGGGGGGGUUGCCAAUCUGCGGGCCUCCCAGCACAGGGACAGCUGUCAUGGAGUAGGAGGAGGAGGAGGGACUGGACAUGCGGACAGCCUUCACCGGCAGGAGUCGAUGCCCCUGCAGCACGGAAAUGGCUGCGUAUCAGGCGGGCGCGCCGCGUCCGUGGGCGAAAAGAGUCUUUUAAGCCGUUACGAAAAUGACCGCAUACGUUACUAACUAAGGAUGCUGAAGACGACUUAGCCCAAUGAGAGAGAAGCAGCCCAUUGUGAAGAGUCAGUCCACGUGGAAUACAUAAAUUAUAACCAACGAAUAAGUGUGCUCUAAUAUUGUGGUACUAUUUGUAAUAAAAAGUGAAAAUGUCUUAUGUAAAAUAUGGCUUUCUAUGAAAAGCCAAUAUCAUGUGCUUACCAAAAAAACGCUAUAGUCCAGUGCCUCGACUAUCAAAUACCUGUUAACUCAAAGCACCGCAAGGGAGUUGGAGAUGUGCAUCCAGCAAAGCGGCGAUUACAUUAUUUGGUCAUAACCUCUUAAAGAGUGGUACUAAUAACACCCGCUUACAAAAUAAUAUUUUGAAACUGGCCCAAGAAGAGGCUGUUCCUGGAAGAAUUGGACGCCUAGAUCACGAAAAAGAAAUCAAAAAUAUUUUGUAUAGAUAAGUUUCUGAAAAUUUUUUUAAGAACAAUUUUUGCCGUGUUUUAGUUAUUUUUCAAGCUGGGCGUAACUUAUUUAGAAGACAUUUGUUUUAGUUUUAAUCUAUAAUGUCACCCUUUAAUUUUGCCGAAUAAAUGAGCAGGAUACAUUGAGAAUUUUUAACAAUUUAGUGACUUUAAGGCCUCUGUUGUUUUCAAAAGCGACAAUUGAUAAUACUUGGGAUUCUAUAAAACUAUUUAUGCAAAUAAACAUAUAAGAAAUAAAUUAAUUAUAACAUUUAAGUAAACAUAUACCCAAAAUGAUGUAAAAAGUUAGUAUUUGUUACUAUUAAAUGUUCAUUUUUAUAUUGAUUUAAAUCAGAAGUUUGCGACUCAGUUAGGCAGACGUUUCCGACCCCAUAAAGUAUGUAUAUUCUUGAUCAGCAUCACUAGACGAGUGAUCUAGCCAUGUCCAUCUGUCCGUCCGUCUGUCCGUUUCUACCCAAACUAGUCUCUCAGUUUUUAAGCUAUAGGGAUUAAGCCUUCCAAAAAAAAUUAUUUCUAUUGCAGGUAGUAUUUAAGUCGGAACGAGCCGGAUCGGAUAACUAUAUCCCAUAGCUUUAUUGGAUGAAUAAAACCAAACAGUUUUUUAAAUGUAAAAAAUUUCAAUAUAUUAUCAUUCUUUUAAUAUA